AUGAUUACGGAGUCAGCUCAAGACCAGCUCAUUCCACAGGUUGGACAAAAAUCUUUUUUACAAGCAUGUUUUCAAAAAUCUUUGUGUGAAAAUCUCAGGCUCGUUUCACAACAGAAAUAUUUAAGAGUAAUUGAAACAUGUAAUAUUACAUUGGAAACAUGUUUGGCUGAG